AAAGUUUCGGUGGAAGACUAAGAGCGGCGGCAGGAGCAGUAACGCGCCCCGGGGAGGCCGGCGUCAGUUGGAGAGGGGAUACGCGAGUUGCUGGUGGUGUUGUCGCGGCCGGGGCGGCCCGCGCCGGGGCAACUUCUACUCCGCGGCGGUCGGAGCACCAUAACAUGGUGUGGGAAGUGAAGACAAAUGAGAUGCCUAAUGCAGUACAGAAACUCCUGCUAGUAAUGGACAAGAGAGCUUCAGGAAUGAAUGACUCAUUGGAGUUGCUGCAGUGUAAUGAAAAUUUGCCAUCCUCACCUGGAUACAACUCUUGUGAUGAACACAUGGAACUUGAUGAUCUUCCUGAACUUCAGGCUGUUCAGAGUGAUCCUACUCAAUCUGCCAUAUACCAACUAAGUUCAGAUGUGUCGCAUCAAGAAUACCCAAGACCAUCUUGGAACCAAAAUACCUCAGAAAUAUCAGAAAAUACUUACCGUGAAAAUGAAGUGGAUUGGCUAACAGAACUAGCAAAUAUUGCCACCAGCCCACAAAGUCCACUGAUGCAGUGCUCAUUUUACAACAGAUCAUCUCCUGUACACAUCAUAGCUACUAGCAAAAGUUUACAUUCCUACGCACGCCCUCCACCGGUGGCCUCUUCUAAGGGUGAGCCGGCCUUCCCUCAUCACUGGAAGGAGCAAACACCAGUCAGACAUGAAAGGGCAAACAGUGAGUCGGAAUCUGGCAUUUUCUGCAUGUCCUCCCUCUCAGAUGAUGACGACUUGGGGUGGUGCAAUUCCUGGCCUUCAACUGCUUGGCACUGUUUUUUGAAAGGCACACGACUGUGCUUUCAUAAGGGAAGCAAUAAGGAAUGGCAGAAUGUGGAAGAUUUUGCUAGAACCGAAGGCUGUGAUAAUGAGGACGAUCUCCAGAUGGGCACUCACAAGGGCUAUGGUUCUGAUGGUCUAAAGUUGUUAUCACAUGAAGAAAGUGUAUCAUUUGGUGAGUCUGUACUGAAGUUGACUUUUGAUCCUGGUACAGUGGAAGAUGGUUUACUUACUGUAGAGUGUAAACUGGACCACCCUUUCUAUGUUAAAAAUAAAGGUUGGUCAUCAUUUUAUCCAAGCUUGACUGUGGUUCAGCAUGGCAUUCCAUGUUGUGAAAUUCAUAUUGGUGAUGUAUGUCUACCUCCUGGACACCCCGAUGCCAUUAAUUUUGAUGAUUCAGGUGUUUUUGAUACAUUUAAAAGCUAUGAUUUCACGCCUAUGGAUUCUUCUGCCGUUUACGUGCUAAGUAGUAUGGCUCGUCAGCGUCGUGCGUCUUUGUCUUGUGGAGGACCUGGAGGUCAAGACUUUGAAAGAUCUGGAUUCAGUAAAAACUGUGGCUCACCGGGAUCAUCACAGCUCUCUUCCAGUUCUUUGUAUGCUAAAGCUGUCAAAACCCACGGCUCAGGGACUGUGAGUGCCACUUCUCCUAACAAGUGCAAAAGACCAAUGAAUGCCUUCAUGCUUUUUGCCAAAAAAUACAGAGUUGAAUAUACUCAGAUGUAUCCAGGGAAAGAUAACAGAGCCAUAAGUGUGAUCCUUGGUGACAGGUGGAAGAAAAUGAAGAAUGAAGAGAGGAGGAUGUAUACAUUAGAAGCAAAGGCUUUGGCUGAAGAACAAAAACGUUUAAACCCUGACUGUUGGAAAAGGAAAAGAACCAAUUCAGGCUCACAACAACAUUAAACAGGAUGCUUAUGUUCUUAAGUCUGUAUUUGCUUAAACAUUGACUGUUGAUGGAAAGAUUUAAGAAGAUGAAGAUCUCACCAUUUGUCCUGAAUCCGUGUGACCAUAAGAUACCGAUAGCAUUGAGUCUUGAAAUGAUUUAAUAAUAUGAGUGAGGAUUUGCUUUCUCCAUUAGAGCAUUAAGUAAGCUAAAACUAUCAACAUUGUAAACCAAAUUGCCUUAUUUUUCUUCCAAACUUCAUAUAUGUCUAUCAGGUAAUAUAGGCUUGAAAAUUGAUAUCCUGUGGUGCUAAAGUACAGUAGAAAAGAGAGGAGAAGUGUAUACAUGUUUUAUUUUAAAUUGUACAAAAGGGGAAUUUAAAAAUAUGUAACUGCUGUUUAUACAUUGGCUCCUUACUGCUUAUUAAUCUGUAUUGUACACAUAAUGGGUUGAAGCAGAAGCCGGGAGUUGGCCUUCCUUGAGCAACCGCCACAUGGCUCCGCAUCUGUGCCAAACAUGGGGGCUCCUAGUCUGGCCAGUGCCAAGAGGUUGCCAGGACACAGGGCCGGCAGAUGGUGUCAGUGCCAGCCUAAGAGCCACCUGCCGCGGCUCCUGGAGCAUGCCGAGUUGGACACACCCACCCUUUACUUCAGUGGAGACCUAGCCCAGGCCAAGGUAAAGUUAGUUAAUAGCAUUGGGAUAUAGUCACUGUAAUGGUGCUAUUAACAGUUGACACCAUUGUAUUUUUAAUUUUGUGUCCUAUAUCUCCUCAGCCACGUAUCUUAAUAUCGUUAUUUGUCAUCGUAUCUAUGGUGGGGGCGGACUUUGCACUUAAGCAGUGCAACACUUGCACUUUACUUUCCUCCAACUGUCUACAAUGAGAGCAAACACAUUGGCAAUAGAGCUGCUUUUGCUCUGAGCUACAAUCAUGGCUUUUCAUGUUACUUACCAAGUGGUGUUUCUGGUUAGGAAUCACAGCUAUAAAAUUGAUUUCAGUUCAUUACACUUCUUCAUGAUGUUGCCCCUAAAUUUUGCACACUAUAUUCUUGUAUAUUAUUUCAAAUAAAAUGAAAAAAAAUUGUUUAUCCCUGA